AUCAGGCAAAUCAAAGAUUGAAGAAAUGGCGGACAGCAAAAAACGAUUGUUUUCUGCAAAGCAUUCCGGCAGCAUCGCGUCAUCAAAAACAUACUUACAAAUCCCGACCCUUACAUCAUUUCCGCAACACGUCCGCAUAUACAGACACAAUCGUUGGUUGAUACAGCUCAAAAUAGACCUGCAUCAAUUCUCGGAGCUUCCAGUGCCUUGAAACAGACCCUGCUGAUACUGUAGUCCGUCUCUGGCCUUACCAAUCCACUUCCACGUCCCUUCUUGUUCUUCCUGUUGCUGUUGGUGAGCCGAAACCACUCCGAGCCACUUUGGAGUUGCACUUUUAGAUAAAACCCACUUUCCCCUCAACGCCAUCGCCUACCUCCCACAUGUCUGCAUCAACACUCCUGCGCAAAACAAUUCAGUCUUCCCUUAGACAAACAGCUUUUAGACCAUCUCAACUUUCCUCACUUCGCCAAUUCCACACCACCUCGCCCAAAAUGACUGUCCACAACCUCCAGACCGCUGAAGCCUUCAAGGAGGCCAUUAAGAACAACAAGGUUGUCAUGCUUGACUGCUUCGCUACCUGGUGCGGUCCUUGCAAGGCCAUUGCCCCCAUUCUGGCCAACCACUCCAACGACGAGAAGUACAAGGACGUCUUCUUCGCCAAGAUCGAUGUUGACGAGCUCCCCGAGAUCAGCCAGGAGCUCGGCAUCCGCGCCAUGCCGACCUUCAUGCUGUUCAGGGACGGUGAGAAGGCUGAGGAGCUGGUUGGCGCCAACCCCAACGCUCUCAUCGGUCUCCUCGACAAGGGUGUUACUGCUUAAUUGCGAUGCACAAGUAUUGAGCGGACGUCGCUGGCGAAGAAAGAAAUCGUCAGUAUGUUUAUUGAGCAUGAGGAAGCCGCAGCGGAAUAACGAUACCCAUACCGUUGACAUGCAUGCUGGUACGCAUUGCGUGGGAUUGCUUCGAGAUAGGGCACAUAGACUCAGGUAGACGGAACGCCUGAAAUAUCAGAUUUCGUACAAACAA